UAAACCCUAGCUAAUGCCCGACUGCUUCCUAUAUAAACCUAACAUACUCCUCUCAUCCAGAAUACCCAGCGGUUCUGAAGAAACCCUAAUUAACACAGAGUAACAAUGGCGGUUCCUCUACUGAAGAAGACGAUAAUCAAGAAAAGGGUGAAGCAAUUUAAGAGGCAUCAAAGUGAUAGGAGAAUCACUGUCAAGACAAAUUGGCGCAGACCAAAGGGUAUUGACUCCAGAGUCAGGAGAAAGUUCAAGGGAUGUGUCUUGAUGCCCAACAUUGGCUAUGGUUCAGACAAGAAGACUCGUCAUUAUCUUCCUAAUGGCUUUAAGAAGUUUGUUGUACACAAUGCAAGUGAACUUGAUAUUUUGUUGAUGCACAAUAGGACUUACUGUGCAGAGAUUGCACAUAAUGUAUCCACCAGGAAGAGGAAGGAGAUUGUCGAGCGAGCAGCCCAACUAGAUGUUGUAGUAACUAACAAGCUUGCUAGGUUGCGCAGCCAGGAAGAUGAAUGAGUUCCUGGUUUUAGUUAGUAUUGUCAACAGAUGUUUGUUGUGCAAUCAGAUGUUUUCGGAAAUGUUGCUAAGUUUUGAUGGACCAUGUAAUUUUGUUAGGCGUUUGUCAUACCUUGAGAUAAUAUACAGGGAUUUUUAUGUGUUUCCAUAUUAUUUUUUUCAAAAUGAUAAAGCUAUGCGAUGUUACUUGAGUA